AUGGACAACCGGCGAGCAGAAAGCCCCCCGAGGUUGGGCCCGCGUAUACCGAUGGGACGGAUUGGAGUGAUGGGCCCCGUCAUGGAUAUUGCGGUGCCGAGCCACGUGCUGGAGCCGCGCGAUUCAUCGUCGACAGACUCAGCCUCAGCUUCGGCCGACACUUGCGGUGCAAAUCCAUGCCAGAAGCCGGUCGGCCCCUCGACGUUCACGCUGCCAAUCGCUCUGGGAGUCAUUAUCCCAGUAGUCGGUGCCUUGAUUGUGUUCAUUAUCCUUCACCGUAGGCACGUUCGCAGACAGAGAGAAGAAGAUACCAACGACCAGCAUGCGUCGAUGGACUUUGGAUUGGGAGAUGUGCCGCAGCCCGGGCGACCAAAGAAGAAGGCCCCCAUGUCGGAGAUGGAUUUCGCGGAAAAGGAGGCCCGCCGCCCACACCAGCUUUCGAUGGAUAUGAGCCUGAACAGUCCUUAUCUCCUGCCUCCCGAGUUGCAGGAUUCUCGCGAAUCCCUUCAUUCCCUUUCCAGGACGAUUCACCAGAACGAGGAUCCAUAUCGCCCGGUCACUCAGCAGUACUCCGGAGACGGUUCGUCGAUUCGCUCGCAGAAGCAAGGCUCGUCGAUUUAUACCAGCUCCAGCAGCGCACCGUCAAAAUUGCACGAGGUGUCAACCGCAGAGCUACUUGCGAAUGCUGCAUCAAUGCCAAAAAGCAUCCCUGCCACGGCAUUCAUCCCCCCUCCACGGCAAAACUCUCUCCCACAAAGCCAUUCCAAGCCCAAUGCCUUCGAACCGACUCCACCUGUGCCUCCUUACCCUUCAGAACCAGAGCAGGCUCACCUACCCCAACCCAGCUCCCCAGAAACGACAAGGAACAACGGGCUUCCGUCAAGUCCUCGUCCCGGACCGGGUCUUGCUCUACCUUUAUCUUCCGCGGAAGACAGCCGGGAUUCCUUCGUCAGCAAUGGACACGCCUCUUUGAGACGGAGCAACAAUUAUCUCGGGGCUUUCAUUACCGAACAGGAUGCUCCUCUAUCAGAUGCAUUUGCCAGAGAAGAAGACAAUCAUCCUGUGGUGGCUGAGCGCAAGCCGGUACCAAACUCUCUCCCGACCAACCCUCGCCCGACUCGUAAGGAAUCGGUACCCGCAAACCAAUACCCUGACGAGGGAAGUGAAUACGGCGAUGGAUUCAAAGUCACACCCCCUUCUCCCGGGCGCGACAACGCCGAGAUGAUGCGCGGGCAACGAUAUUCUAUGGAUGUCCCUCCUGAGGAAUUUGCUCAAGCGGGCCUGGGUGCUCCUGGCUUCGAUUCAAAGCGUCUGUCAAUGGGCUUCCGUCCAUUGCCUCCCGACCAUGUGACGGAGACAGAUGACCCCGAAGUUAGGGCCAACCGAAUUAGAUCCUUCUACAAGGAGUACUUUGAUGAAUCGAAACCGACACCAGAGGGCCAGUACUACGAAGAUUAUGAUGAGGGUUAUCUAGGCGAAGCAGCCUAUUAUCACCCAGAUACAAAUGGAUUUGCUAUGCCAUACGCAGAGCCAGUUACCCGGCGGGCUAUGACACCACCUCCACGAGCACCACCUGGACCAAGAUUCCAAGGACCACCCCGCGCCAUGCAUGGCUCUAUGGGUGCAGUGAGCUUCCAAGGUCGGCCCCCGCCAGGCCCCCGCGCCUACUCCUCCGCGUCUGGACGUAUGGGCCCACCAAGGGCGAAAAAACCUAUGCCUCCUCCAGCAGCUCUUAACACUAUCCCCACCCCCUCGAAACUUAGAGAUGAUUCCUUCGCUCUAAUGGGCUCGAUUGAUUUUGCACCCCCAACCUCCAUGCGGGAGCGUACUCAAGGUCGAUCACAGAGUCCCUUCGGUGAGAGACGCCCAUAUUCGCCGGUUGUGCCUGCUUUCACGCCAGUUGCUAGUGCAUUCGAGGAGCUCGCACCCAUGCCCAGCCCACAUCUGCUUAGAAAGUCCGGAACAUUCACGGCACUGGAUUUUGCACCACCGAAGAAGUUUAGGGAUCCCGAUACCAUGAGUGAUUCGGGCAGCAUCCGGAGCAACCGAAGUGGAAUAUCACAAGUACAAAACCAGGCCAUCCGCGAUGGAGCAUACCGCGUCAGUCGCAUCCCCAAGGGUGUCGUCUUCACUAAAGACGACAUGAGUACGACGCUGAAGCCACAGUGGGGCAUGCGAGCUGAUAAUUAG